CAACCCAUCUUGAAGUUGUUUGAAGUCACAAGUGGGAAUGUUGAUGCCAGAGACAAGCUUCUAGUCAUGUGGCAUUUUGAAGCUCUUCUCAAGAAAAGAUACGCUGACUUCAUAAAAGCAUUGGGGGAUAUGUCAUUUGACACGCUGCAGGCUACCAAAGAGAAAGCAUUGAGUACUGUUCAUCAACUUCUAACUAGUAAGCCUGAACAAGAAAAUACCCUGCUGCCUAUGCUGGUGAAUAAACUGGGAGACCCAGCCAUCAAAUCUAAAGCCACCUACCUUCUGACUAAACUGGUUGACGAGCACCCAAAUAUGAAACAUGUGAUAGUCAGGGAGGUGCAGCAGCUGUUACAUCGACCAAACGUCUCCCCACGAGCCCAGUAUUUCGCGAUUUGUUUUCUGACACAGCUACGACUGAACCACGUGCAUAGUGAUCUUGCCUCCCAGCUGCUGCAGAUUUAUUUCUACUUCUUCCAGACGUACCUGACCAAGGGUGAGAUAGACAACAAGAUGAUGAGUGCCUUAUUGACAGGUGUCAACAGAGCCUACGUCUAUGCCAAGGACAACAAGGAAGCCAUUGCUGAACAGAUGGAUGCUAUUUACAAGAUCAUCCCGAACGUGAACUUCCACACAGGUGUCCAAGCUUUGACACUGCUCCAUCAGGUGAUGGAUGCCAGCACCAACGCCUGUGAUCGCUUCUACAUGUGUCUCUACCGCAAGCUGCUGGACCCAGCACUGAAAAACUCAUCCAAGCAAGCCAUAUUUAUGCACUUGUUGUUUAAGAGCAUCAGAAAUGAUGUGGUUGACAAAAGAACCAGGGCUUUCUUGAAAAGAACCCUGCAGGUGUACUCACAACAAGCACCUCAAAUCAUUUGUGGAGUGCUCAUUCUCUUGUCGCAGUUACUGAAAGAGAAGCCAGGUCUGCUGGAUGUCAAACACAUGGCAACGGAAGGUUGGUCAGAUGAUGAGGAGGAGAAGUUUGUGGAUCUCCCAGCCCCGGCCGAGUUCGAUACACCUGGAAGCAGCAACCUGCUUAACCACAGUCGAGAUAUUGCUGAAAAUGGCGUAGCGGUAGAAGAUCACAAAGCUGCCCAGUCUGACAAGACCUCACAUAAAGCCAAGGGGUCUUGGGUCCACAGGGCUAAUUUUGGAGGCAAAGGUCAGAGUUCCGAGUAUGAUCCCUACAACAGAAACCCACUGUACUCGAGGGCAGAGCUUGACUGUCUGUGGGAACUAGAGCAGCUACUCAAACACUAUCAUCCUACCGUCAGGUUGUAUGCUGCCUCCAUUCUGCAG